AUGCCAGGAGGUGUUGUUUUUUUGGUCUGUAUUCCUACUUUAAGUUACGAGCAUGAACUUGUCUUUGGCAUUCCUAUUAAGAAAAAUAAAAAGCAAGUGAAGCCUAGUAAAGUGGAUUUGCGUCUGAAAAAUACAAAAUCAAAAACUCAUUUGAUACCGCUGGGAGAUGAAAAUAGUGAUCUUGACCUGGACGAUGCUGAUGAUGAAAUUCGAAAUACCCUGGUUACUCCUCCAGAGAGGAGAUUGCACACAAGGGGAAGAGGAUUUUCACCAACUGGGAUGCGAUCUAAAGACCCUGUUUUUGUUUCGAUGGAAACGGUUUUAGACGAACUACUAAAAAAGCUUAGAGUAGAGCAUGUUGUCUGGUGCAAAGAUAGAACAAAUAUGUAUUACGAGGUCAUUUUCCCAGUUCCUGCAGGGGAUCCUUGUGAAAAUUGCCUUCAUUGUUUAACAGAAAUGGGAAUCGGAAUUAAAAUGAACUCAAUCUGCACCUACAGUGGAGUGGGGCAUGUAGAGGCUUCUGCAUACAAAUUGGAAGAAGAACGUAGAAAAAAAUCAGAACAAAGACAUAACGACUGGGUCAAUUUCGUGGGGUCAAUACGAUCAAAGUUAACAGUAAAGCAAGUCGUUGAUGGGGUCCGAAGUGGUGGAGACCUCACUUUUGAUUACAUAUUGUUAGUUCUAACAGCUGACUGUCUUGCUGCGCUCGGAUUGGUAGAAAACAGCGCAACAAAUGUUGUAGCAGCGAUGCUUGUUUCUCCAUUGAUGGGUCCUGUAAUGUCCCUUACAUUUGGAACGAUAAUAGCUGACAGAAAUCUGCAAUUCAUUGGAUUUAAAAGCUUGAUGCUUGGAAUAUUCUUGUCAAUUCUCUUUGGUUUCAUCUUUGGUCUUAUUCUUGGCACCACCCAAAUGCCAUGGGGUUACAAUGAUUGGCCGACUGACGAAAUGAAGGGCAGAGGAAAUUAUAGAUCUUUGUGGAUGGGUGUCCUUUGGGCAUUACCAUCUGGCACUGGAGUGGCUGUAGCUCUCCUACAAGGAAGUAAUGGUCCCCUAAUCGGAGUUGCAAUUUCUGCUUCUCUAUUGCCUCCUGUUGUCAAUUGCGGUUUAUUUUGGGCUCUCGGAUGCAUCUGGCUCAUAUAUCGUCCGAUCAAAAUGCCCCAUAUAAAAGGCGAAUCCUACACAGAUUUUAAUAGCUCUUACCAAUACGUCUAUACGGAUUAUCUGCCUGUUGAAUUCUUUUGUAAUGGUAUCAUCAGCGCAUGUUUAACGUUCGUUAAUGUUGUGUGCAUCUUUAUCACAGCGAUUAUUGUCCUAAAGAUCAAAGAAGUGGCGGCUCCCUAUACUUCGACGCCUGAACUCCGACGAUUUUGGGAACAUGAUAUCCGUCUGGUUCGCGACAAGAAUAUAUCAAGAGUCAACAGCUCACUUGAUUCCAGCUUUUACGAUGCACUGAGCAAGACAAAGAAGCGAGCCUUGGAACAAACACUCAAUGAAGCAGUUCUCGAAGCAAUCGACGACGACACCUUCCGCAAAGUUCAACGAGCCAGUUAUGGCCAGCAUGGACCAGAAGAUAUAUCUCCCAGAAUCGGAUUGCGAAACGCCGUAGGAGAAGUGGAUCCAAAGGGAAAAGUACUUGGUCAGGAGGUAGGAAUUCCUCGUCCCACGGAAGGUUCUCAAAAUCCGAUGCAGGCUAGCACAACGGAAGACCUGGCCGCCCUCGACAGACUAAUAACAUACUUACUGGGUCAACCAUCAACAAGUAAUAACCCGGGACCCUCCAAUCUAGACAGCUUGCGUCGAUCAUUUCGCGCCAGUGCCAGAGGUUAUCGACCCUUGCGACCAAACGAUGCUAUCGGCGAAUCUUCAAGUUCGGGAGCUGCCGGUUUUGGAAUCGGGACAACAGCUUUGUAAAUUGAUAAAUUUUAUUAAA